CUCCCUUUACCGAGCCGCCGCCGCCGAGGGUGGUUAAACGGGUGGGCUGCCCCGGGCAGGUGGGUGCGCGGGGCGAUGCCGGGGCUGGUGCUGGACGAGGCGUGCGAUUACCUGUUCAAGAUCAUCCUGCUGGGGGACUCGGACGUGGGCAAGACGUGCGUGGUGCACCGCUUCCACAGCGGCCACUUCCGCGAGCGCCACCACAACACUAUCGGCGUCGACUUCUCCGUGCGCUCGCUGCUGCUGGACGGCAAGAAGGUCAAGAUUCAGGUGUGGGAUACAGCAGGCCAGGAGCGCUUUCGGACAAUAACCCAGAGUUAUUAUCGCAGUGCCCAUGGUGCAAUCCUGGCCUAUGACAUUACCAGGAGAUCUACAUUUGAAUCAAUUCCCCACUGGAUUCAUGAAAUUGAAAAAUAUGGAGCUGCUAACUUGGUCAUUAUGUUAAUUGGGAACAAAUCUGAUGCUGUGGAUAAGCGCCAGGUCCUGUUUGAAGAUGCCUGCACACUUGCUGAGAAGCAUGGGCUAUUGGCUGUAUUGGAGACCUCAGCUAAAGAGGCCCAGAACAUAGAGGAGGUGUUUACAUUGAUGGCAAAGGAGCUGAUAGCCAGGAACACCUUGCAGCUUCAUGGGGAGAAUCCUCCCAACAGCAUCUAUCUGGACUCCCGACCAGUAAUUGCCAGUCAGAGUCCAGAGAAGAGCCCAUGCCUUUGUUGAUGACAUGUCUCAGUAGUAAGAAAUGUGGAAGUUGUGGCUAUCCUGAGGCUUUUUCAACCAAGAAAGCUUCCUGUCUGGCCUUAAAUGAUUGUUCUGGUGCACUGCUGCCUUACCAUUUUGGCCUGUAAUUUUCUCCAGGAUAUGGGUGUUACUUUUCUAAUGGUUAAAUGUGUUGUUGGCACUUUACCAAAUCUUUGAGCUGAGGACUUGAGAGGCUGCAAGCAGUGGACUGCUUGAAGAGAACCAUGAAAACUUAAAUGGGUUCAACAGCCUCUUGAAUAGAAUAGUCUUUGAACUGAAUCCUUGAACAAUUGCUCUACUGGCUGUGCCAGAGGGUAGCUGCACUCAGACCUUGUGCUGACUGUUUCCUUUUAGGGUACAGUAGGUGCAAUUAUCUAGUCUUCAUAAAUAGCUCUUCAGUUUGCAGUCCCUACCAUCCAUUACAUCUGUCCUUGCCAGUGUGGUUGGCUUACUCAGUAAGUUAUCCAUUCCAUUACAGCUGCAUAACAUUGUGAUCAGGUGGGCAGUGUCCUCCAUCAGGGUUUUGUUUGUGUUUCUUUCCCUUUCCUCACCAAACAGCCUACACUCCAUUCCUACUGCUUGAAUAGCACUGCAUAUCUAAGGAAUACCUCAUCUUUUUUUCCCCAAGUGUUGAGAAACAAGAAGAGCUGCCAUCAGUCUUACACUUUGGUCUCUCUGCUGUUAUUCAGUAGUACUACAGGUGUUUUCUGUGAUGGAGGUGCUAUUUUCAGUGAGAGAGAGAAACCCCAGGUGAGGAUUAAGUGACUGAAUUCAUCUGAGAGUUGAGAAGCUUCAUGUUACUUACUUUCUAAAGUACAUUUCCUAUUAGAAAUGAAAGGCUUUUCACUAAAAUCAGCACGUCUAAAAGUGCUGCAGUAGGGGAAAGUGGUAGCAUAGGAUCUUGGCCCUGGAACUUUGAAAGAGUAUUCAGGUUUUUGUAAAGCUGAUCAAAUGGAUAGAAUAGUUCAGUAACUUUUUUUUUAAGACCAAUGAACAGAGCAGUGUGAAGCUGUCCUGUGGGAUGAACAUUUACUUAAGUGCUGCAUUUUUCAGUAAGAGGCUGGGUACUAGUCGCAUUUUUUGGGAUCAUGAAGCUCUGCUUACAGUGACUGAGAGCUCGUGUUUCCUGCUGUGUGACCUUUGGAAAGUGGGCUUCACCAAGUACCUGUUGCUUUAGUUUCCAAACCCAUUUGUUCACUAUUUUGGGAGAAGUUCACUGAGAUCUGUUAGGGGAAUUGGGUUCAUUUGGUAUUAAUAGUGAACAUAUUUCCAUCCUUUCACUCAAGGUUUCUGCUAGUAGAGUUUUUCUGAACUUGCAUGAAGUUCUAAGAACGAAAUCCUUAUUUCCACAACUGUCUAAGAUGGAGUCAAGGGCUUUUCUGCCCAUUCUUCCAGAGGAGAGUACCUCCUAGAAUGGGAGGUCAGUAAUGAACAGUUCUUAUGUCCAGCUCUGGCUGUGCUGUCACUGAACUACAAGCCAGAAGUUCUACUAGGCAACAAUGAAGUACAUCUCUUAUCAUAGACACAGAAACCUUAGAAGCUUGGUGAGGCUGGAAAUUUGCCAAAGGUUUGAGUUUCUUUUUCCAGUUUUGGAAAGAUGUGGCAGAAUCCCUGUACAAAAAGGCGUGUCUGACUUUAAACAUGAAAAAUAAAAGUUGAUUUAAUACCUUG